GUAAAGCACGAAAGCAACAAGAAAUUGAAAUGAGGGAGAUUGUUCACGUUCAGGCUGGUCAAUGUGGAAACCAAAUUGGAGCUAAGUUCUGGGAGGUGAUAUCUGCCGAGCAUGGUAUCGACCCAACUGGAAUUUACCAUGGAGACUCGGACCUGCAGUUAGAGAGAAUCAACGUGUACUACAAUGAAGCUUCAGGAGGGAAAUAUGUUCCACGUGCAAUCUUGCUGGACCUGGAACCUGGAACAAUGGACGCUGUACGAUCUGGACCUUUUGGACAGUUGUUUAGGCCAGACAACUUUAUUUUUGGCCAGAGUGGAGUUUUUACUUGA